ACCAGGACAGGCCAGGCCCCACCCCCUCGGUGUUGGCUCAGGUCAGCAUCCACCGCACAGAUGUGUGCAUGCCAGGGUCGACCGUGUCUGGUGUUUGCCGGGGAUUGAGGGCCACAUCAGCUUGGACCUUCUUGUCCCCGUGGCAAGUGAGGACAUUUGCUGGGUGCUAAGGCAUCCUCACUUUGGCCACUCCCCUGCAGUGCCACCAAAUGGUCUCUGGGUCCUAGAACUCAGCUGCUGGACUCUAGAGCAGGACGGGAGAGGGGGCAGGUCUCCAAGUGUCCAGGGGGACCAUGCCCCUCUACACACAACACACUCCUUGCAAACUCUCUCCUUGCAAAAUGAAAGGAACAAAGCCUCUGGCCAGCAGCCAAAAGUGGGCACUGGUGAGUUGCCAGUGGAGGCAGAGGCCCCUUGGCUCCAGCUUAAACAACGCUUUGCCCUUUCCAGCCUCUCUGGUUUCUCAGAACCCCAGCAGAGAGGCAAGCCCUAUCAUCGUGGAGUAAUGGGAUACUAAAGCCAGCUGGAAGGGAUGAGGGAGACACCUCGCCCACCUGUCAUGUCAGUGAUGGAGACACACAGUUUGCCCGGGAGAGCCUCCAAGCCCUUCCACACUGCAAGUGUUUUCAUAUAAAAAUGAGGUGCCCGAGCUCAUAUCUUGAUGAAUGGUAAAAUUCCUCUCCCGUCUCCCCUCUGUCUUGGGCUCCCUUCCCAUCUCCAUUGGAAAUGGCAUGUGAACUGCUUGUUCCAAAGCUGCAGGAGCAAAGGUGAUUUAUGGCAGCAGUGCUGUGUCAAAAUGGCUCGGAUCAAAAGGUGACAGUGCUGCACACCUGGGCGGGUAGUCACAGAGGAUGCAGGCACUGCUCCUACCAGGGGUCACUGAAACCCCGCCCCCCCCCCAGCAGUCUGUUGCUCCUAUGCACCAGUUUAUGCCCCCGAAAAGUGCUUGGGCAGAUGGGGGGCUGGGGAGUCAGAGGUAGUGCUCAUCUCCAGGGACAGUGCAGACCCCUCAGACCCUUCUAGGUCUGGUGGAGGGGAUGGAGGGCUACUGUUCUCAUGGCUCUUUCCCGUCCCCUCUUGGUUUAACCUCAAGUUGCCGCCAGGGGGCGCAGUGCAGAAAUGGCAAUCCUGGGUGGAGUAAGGUGGGUGGGUAGAGAAAGGCGUGACACGUGGCCCUGUCAUGAUUGGCUGGAUGGACCUUGAAGACCUUGAGGCUACUCUGGCUUCAUUCAGGGACACCCCUACAAGCCCCGGCCCCCCUGAAGUGGCAUGUUGGGGGAAGGGCAUGUUGCAGAGCUGUUCCAGCGGUGAGCUGACUCUUUUGUGGGCUAGGGACUGGUACUGCCAGGAGGCAGUUGGACAACCCUGACCUGGGAAGGAAUGGGGCCUCAUCCAGCUGUCCAGCUCUCAGGACGCUGACCUGAGGUGCACCCGGGGCCGCUGGGGUUUCCCUCACUGAGCCAGCAUCCCAAUCACCCUCAGAUCCAAUGAGGAGUCGGCUUGGAUGGGGGGUGGGGAGCUAGGGUCUCAGGGGGCUUGUGGACUGAGAUGUGUAAAACCAGGGCCUUGCUCUGAGCACCAGCCCAUCUUCCUGCAGUCCUACCUGGAAGGUUCUAUGCCACCUGCCACCCAGCCAAUCAACUGAAGACCCAAAGUCAGCCCUUCCACGGUGAGUCCCAACAGCAGGGAAACUCCGGACACUCCUGUACCCGCUGGGAUGUCCUAAUCAGGCAGGGAAGGGCAGAGGCUUGGAGCCUCUGUUACAGCCUGGACUCCCCCGUUUGUCGUCCAAACCCCAGAUGUCCAAAGCAGCCUCUGCCAAAAAGCUAGCAGCCCCACCUCCAGGAUGUACCCCGGAUGUCAACCACCCCAAGGUGCAGAGCGCAGCUUGCAUCCAGGCCCUUUACGGGUGCCACAGGUCUCAGAGGGAGCUGUGCGAGAAGGGGUGGCCGCGGGAGCUGCAGCCGCUGAAAGGCCUGGUGAUGAUCGCGGGCAGCGCGGCCAAGCCGACUGGCGGCGUUCCUGCCUUCCCGCCCCGGCUCAUUCUCUGGAGCCAGGGCGGCAAGGAGCUGCGAGAUGAGCCCAGGUAUCGCUAGGUCUCCGCGGACCUUAACGAGGUGCGCGACGGCGAGCUGGCAGAACUGGGCCAGUGCAGCAUCGACAUGCCCAACCCGCUCGGCCGGUGCGCGCAUCCCCGUGGAAGGUACCGGUGCCCGUGUCAGCUCCGCGCGGGCGACCGAAGCCCCAGGCAGCCGCGCGCCGUCGCUGCUGGGCGUAGCCGGCUCGGAACAGGGCCCUGGCCGGCUCAGGCGCGCUCUUCUCUCCCGAUCUUGGCAACUGGGAAGUCAGAGGUGGGCUUGGAUCUGGCGACUCCUGGGCCCCAAGGUCACACGGCUGGGGAGGGGCAGGGCCAGGCAAAAGUUCAAAAGGGCUCCAGCAGCAUCAAGGCGCACGAAGGCACCGCAGAGACACGCGCGGAGAUUCUGAGCGAACCAGCGCCCUACGUGGCCUGGACCAAGGACGGGGAAGGGACGCUGCUGGCCCCUAGGGUGGCGCUGGCGCGAGGCUGCGCCACGACGUCGCUGACCACCCGCCGGGCCACGUCCCAGGUCGGCGGCAAGCACGAGGUGUACGUGGAGAACAGCUUGGGCACUGCCCAGAGCUUCGCCCGCGUGGACGUGGCCUCAAAGGGACCUUUUCGCCCUGGCCCCACGCCCAGUGGUGGGUGGGACCGUCCUGUGCAAUCGGACUGCUGUCCCGGACCCUCAAGAUCUGUUCUGUUCCUUAGCAUCGCCGUCCCGCGCCCCCACUCCACUCUACAAAGUCACGGAAUGCUGGGUCAGAGGGCAGUGCGGGGACGCCCAGACCAGCGCCCCAUCUCGCAGACCGUUCAUCCGAGACGGGCUUUCUCCCACGGUGGGACCCUCCUCUUUCCAGGCGGCCGGGCUAGGGAGCCUGCGACUGCGUCUUCUGCCCCUCCCCCUAGAGACUCCGCCCCUCCCAGCCUGGCCACACCCCCUUUGGAAAGGGAUGGGAAACAGCUUCAGAACUACAAUUCCCGGCAGACCCUGCGGAAGAGGUCUCGCGAGUAG